GCUGUUGUGCACAGUUAAUCCACAGUUAGCUCCUCUGAACCUGCAUGUCACCUGGUUUACACAGAACCUUACAGCCACGAUGGACACUCAUGGUUUUUAUGUUAUUUUAAUCUUUCAGCUGUCUUUGGCCCAAGCACUGUCCAAUGCGGAUUGGAGUUUUCAGAGAGCAAUCAACAUGGAAGAAAGACCACAUCGUGGGACAAUUCCACCAGAGUUUGUCCUGCUCCCAGCGUGUUCUGAUCUUGGAGAUGAGUCAACUAAUCAAAACACAACCUGGAUGUGGGCCAGUGAAUUUAAACACAACCACCAGAGUAUUGUGAUCAUGGAAGAGGACCCUGUAGUUAUCGAGUCAGCCACUGCCCUUUUUGAGAGGCAUCCGUCUGUCUCAACUCUACUGAUGUACCACAGAGGGGUGCUUAGUAUUCUCAGGGGGAUCCCUUGCCAUUUUACUAGAAAUCAGCAUGUCAUACUGGUUGGUCAUGGCAGCAAGGGCAGCAGUGGGGUAGCCCAGUUAGCCAAGUAUGGGCCAUACGAACUUGCCAGUGUAGUGUCAACUAUAAAGAUUGGUAAUAGUCAUCUUCACACCGUCAGCCUUUUCAGUUGCAACCUUGGAAAUGACAGUCUUUUUGUAGUGCAGCUACUACAAGCGCUCAAAUCUUUCAAUGUGCAGACGAAGCUGCACCUACACAAGUCAGUCCUUUCUAUUAGUUCCAAUGGAGAGAUAAUGGUCAAAAGUGAUGGCGUUUGGAGCUACCAUGAUCACAGCAGUACAGUCAUUGCUGAACUGGACAGAAGUGGUAAAGUGUUGACAAAAGCGCAGCUAGGCUGUAGAGGACAAGUGUUUCCUGCCUAUCAAGGAAACGCUUUGUAUUUUCAGACUUUACAGUGGCCAACACACCCUCAAAUGUUUGUCCCUGAGGAGCUGCGCAAAAAGUACACAUCCAUUGAUUGCCUAGAGGGGCUUACUUGGAGCUUAUUCUUUGAGGAGAAUGAAAAAAGGCGUGCCCCUGAUUACAUCCCUGAACACCCUGGACAAGAUCUGAUGGCAAUUUGGCUCAUAGAGCCAAGGACAAAAGCAGAAAACAUUGUCUUCAAGCACAUCACCAACAUUCGGGAUCUCCUUGUGGAAAUCCGUUACCAUGCAAGGGAAGAAGCUGCAGCAGACUUUUACUAUGUUCUAAAUGACUGCAUUUACAAAGUGCAGAAGACAAGCCUCAAUGUUUCUCUGGCAGGCAAGUUCAUGAAUACCAACAGUCAGGCUGAAAUUGAAAAUUUCCUUAUUAGUUUCAAUGACCAGAAGGAUGUAUCUUCCCUCCAAGAGCUGAGACAGGGUCUCAAGGCAUCCAAGUUCAAUGACUUCUGUCGCCAGACAUUCCAGUACCAGCAGUGCAACUACAACUGUGAACGAUGGGGUCACUACUUCAUGGUGGCUGUGUUUUCUGCAUCUGUGCGCAACUUCCGAAUCUUCUCUCUCUUUCUCAUGAGUGUCAUAGGCUGUGAGGUCGGCCGAACACGGGGCACUGAUAGCCCCCUGUGUACAGCCUUUGUUGGAGAUGACCACCCCAUGGUAACUGACCACUCCUGGCUUGAACCUUUGAGACGAGGAUUCUAUGGCUGCUCUGUUGAUAAUUUUCAGAUGGCAAGACAGGACAAACAGGUUUGGCUUGAUCAUGUUGUUGCUAAAGAAAAUGCCCUGUACAUCAAAUCUAAGCAAAUGAUGAAUACCGUUGACCAUGACCAGCAGACUGAGCUCGACAUCUUUGGGAGGGUCAAGGUCAUGAAUAAAUAUGUGUUUUCAUCUUAUCUUGAAUUCUUUCGAGGUACACCUGAAGGAAAGAAACUCAAAAGAGGAUGCAGUGCCUCUCCCCUGGGGACUUAGAUGUGGUCAAGUGCACUUGAACCCCAUGUAAACCUAAUUGCUUUCACUGUAUAUUAGUUGUAUGACUGGUGUCUUACUAUGCCACCCAAAUAAAACAUACUGCAAUAAAGUGCUGCCGUCUACAUAUUACUAGUUCUGUUUGCACACAUGCAAAUUUCUGAAAGUGAUCGAUAACUAGAGGAAUGCAAAUAUACUCAAUGUGAUAAGAGUUGAAUUAGAUAAGAGCAGGCUGUAAAAUAGUACCCCAAAUGUAACUGCAGAUCAAUUUUACAGCAAUUAUUUACAUUUUCAUGUGAAAUACUCACUCUAAGAGCAAAAACAUUUUUC